GAAAUAUGCAAUUGUCCCAUAAUCUAAUCCCAAUUCCUCUCAAUUGCCAACAGUAGCAUCUUAGAGGUAAGAUAACGCUUUUAGAAACUGAGGUUUUGGGUUCAAUUAUGAUUGAGUGGUUCCACUGAUGCACGAUGACACGCCUUCUUAGACCACGAGGAGUGGUGGCGUUGUUUGGGCGGGGGAAGUCAGCCAACACUGGCUAAGCCACUCCAGGCCAGCAUUGGUGUUGGCGUUGCCCUUUUGGCGUCGCUGUGGAGCCAGGCAUGGGGCGGGGUCGUGGGGUAAUGUGGCUAGCCAUGAUUGGACCUUCAUUUUUUACCGUUUAACCUAGCCGUUGCCCAACGCUGCUAACCCACGCCGCUUCCAUACCCCACUUUUUUGGGAUGCUCCGAUAGACCCCACUAUCGCCACAUCAAGUCCAACUUCCCGCAAUCUUAUACUCCCUCCCACACCCACAAUAUCACCGCCGAUUUCAAAUUAGUCUUUCUACUCAUUUCAUUUCACGUCUUUCCUCCCCUGUUUCACUUAUCAUCAUAAAAAUAUUACUCAUGGAGUUACCUAACAAAGGAGUGCACACAGCAACCGGUGCUGCUAAUACACACCUAGCUCCUCCGUCACCGGAGUUUUCCGAAGCCAAAAUUCACAACAACCUUUCAAACGGCGACGUUUACGGAGAACAAAAAACAACACAACUUGAUUCACACAAUUCUAGUAACAGUAACAAUAACUCUGUUGAAAUUGAGAUCAAAGAAGAACCGUUAGAACACAACGGAAAUUACGGUAACGUUGAACAAACUCUCGUAUCUCCACCACAUCCGCAGCUUCCAAAACCAGAACCACCUUCUGGAGUUCUCACCGCAGAGAAAUCGAAUCCGAAACCGUUGAUUAAACGAUCUACCUCAUCACCGGAAAGUGCCGUACAGAUACCGGCAAUUGGAAAAUUCUUCCGAGAGAAGAGCAACAGCUUAUCAACAGCGAUCACAAAACGGUUAUCGUUAUCAAAAAACGAAAACGACGUCGUAAAGGAGUUUAGUUUAUCCGGACUCAAAGUGACAGUAAAACUUAAAACCGAAACAGAUGAAACCGAAAACGAACAGUUCAAAGGACGAAUCACCUUCUUUUCACGGUCAAAUUGCAGAGAUUCGACAGCCGUUCGAUCAUAUUUUCGUGAUCGGAAGUUACGCUACGUGGAGAUCAACGUCGACGUGUAUCCAACGAGAGAGAAGGAACUGAUCGAACGGACAGGAAGCAACGCUGUGCCUCAGAUAUUUUUUAACGAGAAGUUGUUUGGUGGACUUGUGGCGUUGAAUUCGCUGAGGAAUUGCGGAUUGUUGGAGGAGAAAAUGAUGGAAUUGCUUUGCCGGAAGUGUCCGGAUGAUGCUCCGGCGGUUCCAGUUUACGGAUUUGACGAUUUAGAGGAGGAGAAGGUUGACGAGAUGGUGACGGUUGUUAGAGUGUUGCGGCAACGGUUGCCGAUUCAGGACCGGUUGGUGAAGAUGAAGAUUGUGAAGAAUUGCUUCUCGGCGUCGGAGAUGGUGGAGGUUUUGAUUCACCAGUUUGAUUGUGGGAGGAAGAAGGCUGUAGAGAUGGGGAAGCAGCUAGCAAGAAGACACUUCAUCCAUCACGUUUUCGGGGAAAACGAAUUCGAAGAUGGAAACCAUUUUUAUAGGUUUCUUGAACACGAGCCUUUCAUUCCUCUAUGCUAUAACUUUCGGGGUUCCACAAACGAUCGCGAGCCUAAAUCUGCUACUUUAAUUAGCCAAAAACUUGGCAAAAUAAUGUCAGCCAUACUUGAAUCCUAUGCAUCUGAAGACGGCUGCUGUCUUGAUUAUUUGGGUAUCAGCAACAGCGAGGAAUUCCGAAGAUAUGUAAAUCUAACGCAAGAACUUCAAAGGGUGGAUAUAUCUACACUUACUGCUUCUGAAAGGCUUGCUUUCUUUCUUAAUCUGCAUAAUGCCAUGGUUAUCCAUGGUGUCAUCAGUGUUGGGCAUCCCGGGUCAGCAAUAAUCGAUAGGAGAUCCUUUAAUUCUGAUUUUUUAUACGUCAUUGGCGGGUCCCCUUAUUCCCUUACAGCAAUUGUUAAUGGUGUUCUUAGAAAUAACCGUAGAGCACCUUACUCGUUCACAAAACCUUUUGGUUCUGAUGACAAGCGUCUAGAGUUGGCUUUACCACAAGUUAAUCCAUUGAUCCAUUUUGGUAUCUGCAACGGAUCAAAAUCAAGCCCGCCCGUGAGAUUUUUCACCUCCCAAGGCGUAGAACCCGAACUGAAAUUUGCUGCACGCGAGUUUCUACAAAGGGAUGGGAUUCAAGUCGAUCUAGCCAAGAGAACAGUGCGCCUCACUCGUAUCUUCAAGUGGUUUAGUGCAGAUUUUGGGCAGGAAAAAGAGAUGUUAAAGUGGAUCAUUGGCUACUUGGAUGCAACCAAAGCAGGGCUGUUGUCACAUCUUUCUAGUGACGGCGGUACUGUGCAUAUUGCUUACCAGAACUAUGACUGGUCCAUCAAUUGUUAAUGAGCCGUAAUUGCUGGCUCAAACUGUUAAGCAUUCUGUAAAUAGAACUAGAAACCGAGUUUCAUUAAACAAGAUUCUAUACAACUCCAUAAGACCGAUCUUCUUAUGGGAGUUUUUUUUGUUUGAUUAAAUAACCCAUUUCAAAGGAAUGGAGUGAUCAUAUAAUUUGUAUUUGAUUUUGC